GAAAUUGAAUGUUGAUGAAAUCAAUGAAAAUUCUUCAAAUAAUAUCAAGAUUAAUGUCACAGAAAAUGGAGUUUUUUCAUCCAGAGAAGAUUUUGUCCAGAAUAACUUAGAAAAAAGUAAUUUGACAUUUGCAGAUAAAAUUGAACUAUUAACAAAUGUACUUCUCAAACAACAAUUGGAUCAAAUGAGACAAUGGAAUUGGACCCUAUAA